CGUGUUCAGAGGGUGCCACACGUUAGACAAGUACAAACAACUCAACAUCCGCAUGAGUUGAGUGCCAUUAAGAUAGCUCCAGCUUUUAAUGUCAUGCGGAAAAAAGUGGAUGGUCGAGUUCGAACACUUGUUGAGAAUGGCAUCAAGACCCACACACGGUGCAUGUUUGUCAUCGUCGGCGAUCAUGGAAGAGAGCAGGUGGUGAACUUGCACUUUAUGGUGAAUAAGAUCACCAACACCAAGCCCUCUGUCCUGUGGUGCUACAAGAAGGAGUUGGGCUUCAGCACACACAAGAAAAAGAGAAUGAAGCAGGUGAAAAGGAUGCAGAAGAGUGGGCAGCUGGAUCCCAACGUGGAUGAUCCGUUUGAGCUGUUCAUCUCAAGCACCAAUAUCCGAUACUGCUAUUACAAAGACACGGAGCAAGUCCUUGGGAAGACCUUUGGGAUGUGCAUCCUCCAGGACUUUGAGGCCCUGACCCCGAACUUGCUGUGUCGCGUGGUGGAGACCGUGCAGGGCGGCGGAAUGGUUAUCCUUCUGCUGAAAACCAUGGACUCCCUGAAGCAGCUUUACAACCUUGCGAUGGAUGCGCACCACAACUUGCGAACUGAGACUCAUACCGACACUGAGCCCCGCUUUAAUGAGCGUCUAGUUCUUUCCCUGAAAGACUGCCCUGCUUGCCUCGUAGUGGACGACGAGCUAAACAUCCUGCCGUUGUCGAAGCAUGCCAAGGCGGUUCGGCCCAUGGAGGUCGAUGAAGAGAUACAAGCUGGAGAAAGGCCAAAGACUUCCAAUGAGAGGGAGCUGGACGAGCUCAAGGAAACCACGGCGGACACACAGCCCAUCGGCCCCAUUGUGAAUGUGUCCAAGACCUUGGACCAGGCCAAAGCUGUCAUGAGUUUUGUCGACGCCAUCUCUGAAAAGACCCUCAACCGGACGAUGGCCCUGACUGCAGCCCGUGGCCGCGGCAAGUCGGCAGCAUUGGGCUUAGCCGUGUCUGCCGCUGUGGCCUAUGGCUAUUCCAACAUUUUCGUGACGGCACCUUCGCCCGAGAAUCUCAGCACUGUGUUUGAGUUCAUUUUGAAGGGCUUCGAUGCCUUGGGGAUGAAGGAGCAUCAGGAAUACGAGCUGGUGCAAGCUGAGAAUCCUGAUCUGAACAAGGCGCUGGUCCGCGUCAACAUUUUCAAGGACCAUCGCCAGACAGUGCAGUACAUCAAUCCCUCGGACUGGCAGCACUUGGCCCAGGCCGAGCUGCUGAUUGUGGACGAAGCCGCGGCCAUUCCGCUGCCCAUCGUCAAGAAGCUCUUGGGGCCAUAUUUGGUGCUGUUGGCUUCGACUGUCAACGGCUACGAAGGAACUGGGAGAGCGCUCUCACUUAAGCUCAUUGAGGACCUUAAGAAGAAGAAAGGUGCAGGAAAAACAGGCUCUGUGGGCGAUCGCACCAUGCGGGAGCUGUCCCUUGAGGAGCCAAUCCGAUAUGCACCGGGUGAUCCUAUCGAGGCCUGGCUUUGUCAACUACUUUGUUUAGAUGCGGCGCAGGUGCCAAAGUUGCAGCUGAAUACUUUGCCGCUCCCAGCGCAGUGCAGCCUUUUCUUGGUGAACAGAGAUGCACUCUUCUCUUAUCAUGAAGCAUCUGAGAAGUUCCUUUUCAAGAUGAUGUCACUCUUCGUGUCAAGCCACUACAAGAACUCGCCCAAUGACUUGCUCCUCAUGGCAGAUGCACCGGCCCAUCAUUUGUUGGUCCUGUUGCCGCCUAUUGAUGAAGAUUCAGAGCAAGCGGAACUUCCAGAAGUCCUUGUUGCCAUCCAGAUUUGCGUUGAGGGCGCCCUCUCGCAAGAGACAGUCAAGGCUUCUUUGAAACGGGGCUUGCGACCCUCCGGAGACCUUAUCCCAUGGACCUUGACACAGCACUUUUUGCACGACAGCUUUGGGCAGCUCAGUGGCGUUCGUGUGGUGCGCAUCGCGACACAUCCUUCCCUCCAGCGAAAAGGCUAUGCUUCGGAAGCGCUGAAGCAAAUGAUUGCGUGGUUCGAACAGAAGUCGCGUGGCGGGGAUUCUUUUGCCAAGCCGAAAAGCUCCAAGAAGCAGGAGUCCAAGUCAGGCACAACUUUGCAUGAGGAGGAACUGGCUCCUCGAGAAGUGCCUCCGCUCCUAGAGGCGGUGUCAGAGGUGCCCCCUCCCUAUGAACUGGACUACGUAGGAACUUCCUUUGGACUCACAUUGGAGCUCUUUGAGUUUUGGAGAAGAGCUGGCUUCAGACCGGUCUAUUUGCGGCAGCAGCCACAUGCAGGGACAGGCGAGCACUCCAGCAUCCUGGUCCGCAGCUUGCAGCCUUUGGAGGGAGAGCCUCGGGCGGCUCCAAUUCUGGACCACUUUGUGGCGGAUUUCCGACUGCGCUUCUUGCGGCUACUGCAAGGGCCUUUUGCCAAGCAACCAACUCGGCUAGCACUCUCUGUGGUUGAUCCUCUUCCUGCUGAUGCUGCAGCAGCUCGUGAGGAGAACGAGGAAAAUGAGUCCACGGUGGAAAGUCAGGAGCCCCUCACUGCUGCAAGCCUCUUGCAGUUCUUGUCGCGUGAUGAUAUCCACAGGCUGGAACAAUAUGGCCGGAACCUGGUGGAAUACGGACUGGUUCUUGAUAUCGUGCCAGCGUUGGCUACCUUGUAUCUCUCAAGACGAAUGCCCUCAGUGCGGCUGUCAACUUUGCAGAGUGCAAUUAUGUUGGCAGUCGGAUGCCAGCAUCGCACAUUUGAUGAGGUGGCGCAAGAGUUCAACGCUCCUGCAUCUCAGCUACUAGCCCUCUUCAACAAGGCCAUGCACAAGUUGUCGAACCAUUGCAAAGCGUUGCUGGAGCGACAAGUUGAGGAGGAGGGUGAAGCUGAAGGCUUGGGAGGCCGAGCCAUGAAGUCGGGCGAGGUGGUGGAGGGUGGAGCUUUCGUCAAAGACUCCCUCAAGUCGGACCAAAAGGCAGCUGGUCAAAAGGUCAACAAGAAGUUGGAAGAGAAGCGGAAAGAAUUGAUCUCCACGCUGACAGAUGAGAGGUUUGCGAUAGCACCAAGCACAGAGGACUUUGCCGAAGCGUUGCAAGGCACCGCACCGACAGGAGGCGUGGUGUCGGUGAAGAAAAAGAGGCAAAAUGACAGCGACCAAGCUCAAUCAGGCAAGAAGCGAAAGUCGGGCUAAGUCAAUCGUCACUUCACCCAGGAACCUGGGUGUGUGCUGAGAUUCAACCUUGCAAUAAAGGAGUGAGGUAGGAAAUAUAGUAGUAUGAUGUAGUAUGGUUUUGGAUGCAUGAAUGUUUAUGGACACAUAUUGCUCACGUGGCAAGCUGAAGUUGUGCAAUGUGUUCUGUCGCUGUUUGAGGUUCUUUAGCUCUGGGCAUGAAGGGUCAAAUGAUCCCAAAUGCCCUGUUAACGCCCGUGUGGACCGAAAAAUGUUGAGAGUGCAUGUCCAGGCAGCUUUCUGAAGGGAAAGAAAGGCAACGCCAAUGAACCACUGCUGCAGAACCAAGUAGUUGAUGUUGAGGGAAGCAGCCAUUUUCUGCGGGACUCAUUUACUGUAUGUUUGACUGUUGACCCUUUAAAUGUGUGAAACCAGUUGAUCACGUUAGGAUGGAAACCAGCCUCUCUCACACUUCUCAUGUCGUG